AGGGGAGAAAAGGAGGAGGACAAAGUGGAGAGGGAGGAGAUGGAGCAAUCCCUUAUGUGAUAAUUCCAUCAACUCACAACGUUUCAUCUACCAUCUGGUUCAACUGUAAUGUGUUCAGCUUCAUAUAAUUUAUACAGCAUCUGUGCCCUCUCCCCCAAACUCAGCAAAAUCUUGUGGUCCACUAAGCGAGAAUUUUGCUCCUGUUGCUGCACGUCUCGGGGUUCAUCAUCGGACCUGAAUCAUUAACCAAUGGCAACAGGAAUCCAAGGAUAAAGUGAUUUCCCUCCUGUUAACUCACCUGCCUUUGCUGAAGCCAGGAAACCUUGAUGCAAAAGUUGAGUAUAUGAAACUGCUGCCCAAAAUCCUGGCGCACUCUAUUGAACACAACCAGCACAUCGAGGAGAGCAGGCAGCUGCUGUCCUAUGCUUUGAUACAUCCGGCCACUUCUUUGGAAGACCGCAGUGCUUUAGCCAUGUGGCUGAACCACUUGGAGGACCGCACGUCAACCAGCUUCGGUGGCCAGAACCGGAGCCGCUCGGACUCUGUGGAUUAUGGGCAGACACACUACUAUCACCAAAGACAGAACUCCGAUGACAAGCUCAAUGGGUGGCAGAACUCUCGGGAUUCUGGGAUUUGCAUCAACGCCUCCAGCUGGCAGGACAAAAGCCUGGGGUGUGAGAAUGGCCAUGUGCCCCUCUACUCCUCCUCAUCUGUCCCCACCACGAUCAAUACGAUUGGAACCAGCACAAGUACAAUUCUCUCAGGCCAGGCACACCACAGCCCUUUGAAACGAUCUGUGUCCCUUACCCCACCCAUGAAUGUGCCAAACCAGCCUCUAGGACAUGGAUGGAUGUCUCAUGAGGACUUACGAGCUAGAGGACCCCAGUGCCUCCCAUCCGAUCAUGCCCCCCUGUCUCCACAAAGCAGUGUAGCCUCUUCAGGAAGUGGUGGGAGUGAACACUUAGAAGAUCAGAACACUGCUCGUAACACAUUCCAAGAAGAAGGUAGUGGUAUGAAAGAUGUUCCAGCCUGGUUAAAAAGCCUCCGCCUGCACAAGUACGCCGCGCUUUUCUCCCAGAUGACCUAUGAAGAAAUGAUGGCCCUCACUGAGUGCCAGCUGGAGGCUCAGAAUGUUACCAAAGGUGCAAGACACAAAAUUGUCAUCAGUAUUCAGAAACUCAAAGAAAGACAAAACCUCCUGAAGUCUUUGGAAAGGGACAUCAUCGAGGGGGGCAACCUGCGCAUCCCGCUCCAGGAGCUACACCAGAUGAUCCUGACUCCCAUCAAGGCAUACAGCUCCCCCAGCACCACGCCCGAGGCUCGCCGCCGGGAGUCCCAGGCCCCCCACCCGCCCUCACUGAUGGGCCCUGAGGGCCAGAGCUCUGACUGCAAAGACAGUGCGGCGGCCACCGGUGCCACAGCCACCGCCUCCGCUGGGGCCAGUGGUGGACUCCAGCCACACCAGCUGAGUAGCUGUGAUGGGGAGCUGGCCGUCGCCCCCCUGCCGGAGGGGGAUCUCCCCGGGCAGUUCACACGCGUCAUGGGGAAAGUGUGCACACAGCUCUUGGUCUCCAGACCUGAUGAGGAAAAUAUAAGUUCCUAUUUACAGCUCAUAGACAAGUGUCUUAUUCAUGAGGCAUUUACAGAGACUCAGAAAAAAAGAUUGUUGUCAUGGAAACAGCAGGUGCAGAAGCUCUUUCGGUCUUUUCCUCGGAAAACCCUUCUAGACAUAUCAGGAUAUCGACAGCAAAGAAAUCGCGGCUUUGGGCAGUCCAACUCCCUCCCGACAACCAGCUCUGUGGGUGGUGGUAUGGGCAGACGGAACCCACGCCAGUACCAGAUCCCCUCCCGGAACGUCCCUUCUGCCCGCCUUGGCCUCUUGGGUACCAGUGGAUUUGUCAGCUCCACCCAGCGCAACACCACAGCCAACCCCACCAUCAUGAAACAGGGGAGACAGAACCUCUGGUUUGCCAAUCCUGGGGGCAGCAACAGCAUGCCAAGCCGCACCCACAGCUCAGUCCAAAGGACCCGCUCGUUGCCUGUGCACACUUCUCCACAGAAUAUGCUGAUGUUCCAGCAGCCAGAAUUCCAGCUUCCUGUGACUGAACCUGACAUCAACAACAGGCUGGAGUCCUUGUGCCUCAGUAUGACCGAGCACGCCCUGGGAGACGGGGUUGACCGGACCUCCACAAUCUAGAAGCUGAAGAUGAGAGUGACCGCGCUGGCCGUGAAAUCGACUGCUGCGGGUCCAGUGUCAACCAUCUUCAGGGCUGCACAGAAUCCUCUGAGAUACUUUGCAGCCUUUUUUCCCCCCUGGUCCCUCUCCCAUUUUGAUUUUGUGAGAGCGUAGGUCGUCCUUGUAAACAUAUCAGUAGACCGGGGAUUGGUAA